GGCGCUGCAGGGAGUCCUGCAGCUGUGCAGCGCUCUCCCGAGAAGCGGAGUGGGUGUGGCAGCUGCUCAGCUCCUGGCUGUUUGGACCAGGUCAGGCCCCUCCUGGGCUAGGCAGAACUAGGGGCAUGUUGGACCCCAUCUGCGGGCCCGGGGGCCUCCUGGCCGCUAGGCUCUUCCUGCUGAUGCAGCUGUUCGUGGGCUACUACUCUACCUCUGAUGAUCCCAUCCAAGACGAAGGCUGUGGUCAUUCAUAUCUCUACGACAGAGUCAUAGGUGGAGAGGAUUCAGUAAGCCAGAAGUGGCCAUGGCAAGUGAGCAUUCAAGAAUCCAACAAUCACCUGUGCAGUGGAACCAUAAUUGCCCCUCAGUGGGUGAUGACAGCUGCUCAUUGUGUGAAGAAUGACUUUUCUUAUGAUGUCUACAUGGGGAGCACGAAACUCAAUGAAAGCAGUAAAAAUUCUCUCCGGGUCUCAGUUAAGAAGGUGGUGAUUCAUCCCAACUUCCAGGAGAAGAGAUACUGGUCAUGGAUUGGCCGUGAGAACGACAUAGCCCUCCUCAAGCUGGUCAAGAGGUUGAAUUACACCAAGCACAUUGCCCCUAUCUGCAUUGCCUCCUCCAAGUUCCAAGUGAAACCUGGGUCCUUUUGCUGGCUAACAGGUUGGGGCGUGACCAAAGUACCCACUGCAGGGAAGGAAGAGCCAAUGUCUCCAAAACUUCAGGAAGCCGAGAUCUCCAUCAUGAGCAACGACGACUGUGACACCUUCUACCACGAAGCCUCCCAAGUGCCCACCAUCGUCCGCAUCAUCUCCAUCGGCAUGCUGUGCAGCGAUUACUCCCGAGGAAGAGACUUCUGUAUUGGAGAUGAUGGGAGCCCACUCGCCUGUGAAGUUGACAACACCUGGUUCCAGGCAGGUCUGGUGAGCUGGUCCCUGGGAUGUGCUCAGCCAGAAACCCCAGGUGUCUAUGCUCGGAUCAGCACGUACUCCAACUGGGUAGAUAGGGUGGUAGCCGAGCUGAACCACACAGUCUCCAUCCUUCUCACCUGCUCCUGGAUCACACUCCUAUCCCUGCUCUUGCUGCUUUGUCUCAUGAUGGUCCUGUGAACGCUUCUCACUUUCCUUUAAUUCCCUCCCCCCCCCCCCCACCGUCAGACCCCGACUAUCCCUGGAAGCUUUCCUUCACUUUAAUUCCAUGGCCGAGUGGGCAGAUCCAGGAGCUAUCUGAGGAUAUCUGUGGCCACUUGGGCAGGAGGUGGGACUAGAGAGAGAGGAAUAGCUCCUUAAGAAGGGACAGAUUACCAAGAUUCAUUGUUUAGGAUAAUUGGGUCCCAUAGACCUUGUUGAAAUGGGAAGAAAGAAGCAGGAUGCCCUUAGGCAACCCUGGAAAAGGGAAGAAUCAGAAAGAGUGCUUCUAGAAAUUGAUAGAAAGUUGGCAGUCAUUCAACGCAAGCAGAAGGAGCCAAAGGUGACCUGGGGGCGAGGGCUUGGUACAUAAGUCCUCACUCAUGCUAGAUAGAUUAGCACAGUAUUGUUUUACAUAUGGCAGGGACUCAAUAAAUUCACGUUCAUUGAUGGAUUGGUUGAUUCUCUCUUAUUCACUCACAUUCUAACC